CCAGCCCGCGUCGGUGCCACCGGCGGCGAUGAAACGUGAACCCGGGUAGCCCAGGACACACGAUCGUCCCCCUCGCCCGCCGCCAGGGCCCCGCCGGGAGAGACAAAGAGACCUCGGCCCCAGCGCGGCCGGCUGCGGCCCCCCGGGCUCCCCUCCAAGGCUCCCGGGCCAUGGCCAGGUCUCUGCGCGACCCCCCUCCCGGGAGCACUGCCGGCUCCAUCUGACCGCCCUCCGUCCCCUCCAUCCCCUCCGUCCCCUUCCCGUUCCGGGCUCUGCCGUCGCUCCCAGCCGCUCCCGUCUGUCUGUCUGUCCGGCUGGCCUGGCGCGCGACCUCCGGCCACCGGCUUGGAUGGACGCGCGAAGGCUGCCCGGCGGUCCAGGGCUCUUGCUUCCAAAGUUGGUUCUGCUCUCUGUGCUCGCAGACAAUUGUCUUGCUCAGUGUGGCAAAGACUGCAGAUCUUACUGCUGUGAUGGGACCACGCCCUAUUGUUGCUCCUACUACGCCUAUAUUGGGAAUAUCCUCUCGGGCACGGCGAUUGCCGGUAUUGUGUUUGGAAUCGUAUUUAUCAUGGGGGUCAUUGCUGGAAUCGCCAUAUGUAUCUGCAUGUGCAUGAAAAACAACCGCGGGACCCGGGUGGGCGUCAUGGGCACCGCCCGCAUCAAUGCCAUCACCUCCUAUCCUGUGGCACCACCUCCCUAUAGUUACAACCAUGAGAUGGAAUACUGUGCAGAGCUGCCUCCUCCCUACUCCCCAACCCCACCGUCUUCAGCACAGCGUUCUCCACCCCCUCCUUAUCCUGGACACUCAAGGAAAUAAUCUUUCUCCCAGAAGAGAAUAUGUGCCAGCCACACAUCUUGCCCUGAAUAAAAUGCCUACACUCAGAAACAGACAGGAGAGGACUGCUGUGAGGAAUAGUCCUUUGGGUCAAACAAUGUGUCAAGUGCAAUGUCCAGGCUAAGAGAUACAGGGUUUUUAACCCUUCUCAGAGCUGACCCCAUCUGGAGUAUUAUGUUUGGCUUGAUGGAACCACAUUUGAAGAGAUCUACUGAUCAACGUAAGCACAUUUGGAGGAGAGUAAUGAGAUACACAAAAUACCUGAAGAUCAUGCUGCUUAUGGGAAUUGCAACACUGAUCCAAAGGGAAGAUUUAUGUAAGACAGGAGUACAUAAAGAAAAUCAUUAGAUUCUGUAUUCCACGUAGCUUUAAGAGUCAGAACUAGAGUUAUUCAUUCUUUCGUUCAUCAGCAAAUGCUGAUCAAGUGCCUGAGAACCUACUCUGUGCCUUAUUCUGUUGGAAGCACUGGAUGGAAGUUAUAGGAACUCUGGUUUCAGGGCUUUUGUGAAGCGCCUUGUUGCCAAGGCUUCAAACAGAACCUGGCUGACGAUCUGUGAGAGCCUUGCUCUAGAAGGGUUAGCUCAAUCAAAUGGUCAAAGGUGCACCUCAAAGUUCUGCUCAUGUUAUAUGCAGAUGUGGGGUAGAUUUGUAUGCCUCCAAAACCAAAAACUACUGGAAUAGUUGGAUCUUACCUAUUUGAUUUGAGAGUUAAAACAGGAUCAAAGGGAUUCAAAGUUGCUUGAAGCCAAGAACUCUUCAAUGCUAAUUACUGCCACCUAAAAAUCAUCUGGCUUUAUUUAGUGUAUUAUGACAAAGGUUAUUUCAAUGGUGGGAAAAAAUGUUCCAUAAGCAACAAAUUCUUCACUUCAGAUUAAAAGAUCACAAGCCAAAUAUUUUCUUUGUGUGUCAGGAAGAAAAGUCUCAGAACUUGACCAUGAAGAUAUACAGGUUUGAAAAAAAAGAAGAGGAAGAAAUGAAGUUUGGGUUCUGUUCUGUGGAUUUCCAUUCAUCCAUAGCUUAGACAAAUUUCUAUUUCUCUUUUGUGAUAUUUUGAUAAUCUAUUCCCUUGAAAAGUUACACUGUUAAUGGAAAAGUUAGGAUAUUAAUAUCAACUUGUUGCCUUUUGCCAAAAUCCAAAUGUUAUCAAGCGCCUAUCUUUAGGUGUAAACAUUGUUAAUAAGUAACUCUAAUGUGCCAUAUUUUUCUGCAAGUGGCCUUAACAUUUAUGUUUUUAUGUUGUACUUUUCAUGUAUUUAAUAUUUACACUAAGAAAAUAUUGGGACUAGAUUAUUAAAUUUUUGUAUCACUUUGCAAUUAAAUAUAAAAUGUUUAAGCUGACAUCAUUGUCAUGUUUCAGUGAAACCCCAAAACAGUGCUAAAAAUUUGCUGAAUAAAACAAACAAAAUGCCUUAAGGUAUAAAUUAUAGUUCCCAUUCUUGUAGUUAGGAAAUUUAGUAGCUAAUAUACAUAGCAUAUUUUACUUAUAAAUACAUCUAUCUGACUGAAAUACGGUUUAACUGCCAGUGAGAUUUAAAAACUAGUGAGUUUUCAAUGACUUGCUUGGUUUUAGGCACUAACAAUUGUCCUACUCAUGAAGACACAGUGCAUUCAAGAGUUUCAGCCUGUUCUAGUGACUGAGAUUUAGCACAAUUUUCACAGAGCAUCCGCUUUCAUUCAUCUCUCUUCUUUGCAAGUGUGAGCAGACCCAAUCCAACUGAAGCUGUGCAGCUCAAAGUGCCGGGGUCUCUGUGACUGAAUUGCAGAAUGUUGGUUGCAAAUGCACCAUAUAUUUCUCAAGAAAAACGGAGAGGAAAAGACCAGUGGAAAUUGAAUUCUCAUCAUCUUCACCAUCAAUAAACAUUUAUUACUCGCCUCCUAUAGUCUGCAAUCAUUACCCUCAUAGGAGCCAUUUCCGUCCACACCAUCUCUCUUCUUUGAGUCGUUUUAUGGCCUCCCGUAAAAUAUAUCACAAACCCAUAGACCUACCAGAGAUGACUAUUUUUAUUAUUUGUAUUUAGUGUCACAAUAGCAUAAAUGUGCACAUUAUCAGGAUAGACUUUUGGAGCUCACUGAUUAUUUUCACAGAUGAAACAUCUUGGGGGGAAAUAGUAUUUGUUGUGAAAGCUUUGAAUGAUGAUUAUUUAAAAACUACUGUAUUUGCUGAGGCCAAAAUGUUUACAAUAUGCAAUAAAAUGAAACAAGCCAUUAUAACAAGGGUUAUAUUUUAAUUGUGUCUAUUUUGUUUCGCCCUCCCUUCCUGCUGA